UCUAAGAACGAUUACCAGGCAUUUCGCUUUGAAACAUACCUCCUGGAAGGAAGCGCGGGGCACGUAUUUGUUUCAGCGCUUCUCAGGACGCCUCGAAUGCGCUUCAUUGUUGUGCCAGCCCUUACUCUCAUACACGUCAGCACAGACAUUGGAACUAAGUUAUUCAUACGUAGAAGGCACUCUUAUACAACACCGACAAUUUUCAUCAUACCUGAAUCUUUUAUCAUGCUUGCCAAUCAUGACGCAACGAGACGAUGACAGCGCGACCGUGACCUGAACAUGGAAAAACGACGAGUUAUGGGGUACGAAGCUAAACUAAGACGUGCGCGAACUUCACUGCGUGGGAUCCUCCUGAAACACGUUCCAUUCGGCAGCAUCUGCGCUCUCAUGAGUGUCUGCAUCCAAAUGACAAUCAGCGGCAAUGAUCGUACAUUCGUCAUCGACCACGAGAACAAGCGAUUCCUCAAGGACGGGCAGCCUUUCCGGUACGUUGCCGGUGAGAUGCACUACUUCCGAGUGCCGCGCGCCUACUGGAAGGACCGGCUGCACCGGAUCAAGAUGGCGGGCCUCAACGCCGUCUCGUUUUACAUUGAAUGGAGCGGCCAUGAACCGGAACCGGGUCAGUACAACUUCGAGGACAUGUACGACCUGGAUGCAUUCCUGAAGGAAGUGAAAGAGCAAGACCUUCUUGCCAUAGUGCGACCAGGACCGAACAUCUCGGGAGAUCGGGACAACGGCGGUCUGCCGUACUGGCUUCACAUAGAGCAACCCAACAUGAAGUACCGCGUCCUGGACAGCGAAUUCCGGCACCACUUGGACAGCAGAUGGAUCAUCAAGCUCUGCACCGUUUUGAGCCCGUACACGUACAACAAAGCGGGACCUGUCAUCGCCGUCCAAGUCGAGCACCUGUACGGCGUCUACGGCGCGUGCGACCACCUGUACAUGGAGCACCUGCUCACCAUGCUGGAGGUGCGGCUUGGCCGGGAAAUGGUCUUUUUCAGAGGCGACCCCGCAACGAAGUCCUACUACGACUGCGACAAGGUGCGCGAGAUACUCGUCACCGCGUACAUGGCUCCGACGGCGAUUCCAGCUGUUGUGGCCGCUACUGUAGCCGCUGCACAGGUCGAACCAGGGCCGCUGGUAAUCAGCGAGUACUACACGGGCAACACCGACUGUUGGGGCUGGCCGCACAAGGUCGUACCACCGCAGACAGUGCUGCAGACUUUCAAGACCCUGAUGGCAAUGAAUGCAUCCGUGUCUCUGUACAUGUUCCACGGCGGAACGAAUUUCGGCUUCACGGCCGGUGGUCGUGAGAAGCGCCCUAUGGUCACCAGCUACGACUACGAAGCACCGCUCAGCGAAGCCGGCGACCCGAACGCUCUUUACUACGACAUCCGACGCGCCAUCAGUACCCAUUUGCAAGUGCCAAAGGAUGAUCCACCGGGUCCGUCGCGAAAGAUGGAAAUCGGCCCCAUACCCCUGGACAAGUACGUAUCACUCGACGAGGUGAUGGCUCACUUCCGCGGACAGAAAUGGCUGAAGAGGAAGGAGUCCGCGGAGCCCUUGUCCUUCGAGAACUUGGGACAGGCAUUCGGCUUCGUGUUAUACUCGACGACUGUGACAUUCGCGACUGCCGCCAAGGCGUUGCUGCAGCUCGAAGGACUGUCGGACCGGGCGUACGUGUACGGCAAAGGCGGAGAGGUGUCGGUCUUCUACAGCUUCGCGGUGAGCGGGCAGGUGGUCAAGAUCCAGGACUACGUGCCAGCCGGAAUAAACCAGACCCUUUCCAUCCUCGUCGAGAACAUGGGCAGAGAGGCGCACAGCCAGACCUUCGCCAACCCAAAGGGGUUCAAAUCUGCAAAGCUCAACUACGUGCUACUGAAGAACUGGGCCGUCGAGGCAGUUCCUUUGGCGACAGCUGAAGACAUCAACAGAGUUCAGCAGUUACUCCAAAAGAAAGACAAGGGAGGGGUUCCAGGGUUUUUCCACGGAGUAUUCCAGCUGCCCGAAGGUCAGCAGCCAUUGGACACAUUCUUGGACCCUACAAACUGGACCAAGGGCGUGGCUUUUGUCAACGGCGUCAACCUGGGCCGCUACUGGCCCGUCACGGGUCCUCAAAUCACGCUCUACGUGCCGGGACCAUUCCUUAAGCCACACCCCGAGGAGAACAGUGUCAUGCUCUUCGAGACACAAGGAGCUCCCCCACGUGAUCGAACUGUGCGCUUCGUCGACAAGCCUCGUGUUAAUGUGACUGUACUGUACCCGAAGCCCUGAACAUGAAGGGACCAGUAAACAUUAUCACUCAGACUACACAGUUUGGUUACAGUCUCCAAAUCUUCCCGCCAUUUGUUCUGCGAAUAAACAUGGCUCGUCAG